UGUUAUCGUUGCAUGUUCGGCACGCUCUGUAUGCGACCUUAUCUCUUAUCAUUGUCAGAAAUUAUUUAAUCCAUCGUCAUUUUAAAACCGUAUCGUUUUUGGAUUAUUAAUUUCUUUAUUUAAUAAUUAUUAUACCUACAUAUUUUGUUUUUGCUGUGCAAGAUUCGCCGAACAACUUAGAGGGAAAGCAUUAAUAUGGACAAGUUACGGAAGGUAUUAAGUAAUCAAGAGAAUCGAGACAAUGAUAGUUCUACUGGAAUUUUGCCUAAUGUUAAUCAAAUGUCUACAUUAGAAUGGUCUACUCGUAUAAAAGGAUUUAUUGCAUGCUUUGUAAUUGGAAUUUUAUUUUCACUAAUGGGUGCUACAGCAUUAGUUUUGCCUUUAAAAAGGAGAAUGGCUGUUUUUGGUAUUUUCUAUACUCUAGGAAAUAUUACAUCACUUUUAAGCACAUGUUUUCUGAUGGGUCCUGUGAAACAAAUAAAAAAAAUGUUUUCUUCCUCUAGAAUUAUUGCAACCAUAGUUGCUCUUGCCAUGAUUGUCCUUACAUUAGUUGCUGCUAUUGGUAUGAAAAAUGCUCCAUUAACAUUUCUUUGCAUAAUCUUUCAAUUUCUGGCUUUAACAUGGUACUCUUUAUCAUACAUACCCUAUGCCAGAGAAGCUAUUAAAUCUUCAAUGUCUACUAUUAUGGCAUAA